CAAUCUCCUCGACGAAACAAAGAUACCCAUUAUGUCCAGUACAUGACUCCAUAUUGUGCCCGCCAAAUGAGCAACGUUUGGCACGCACGUGCCUGGGCUACAGCGGCCAAUCAGGUUAGAGCACCCACACUCUAAACCAAUUAUUGCUCGUGCCAUUGAUCAUAAUCUUAGACCGUAACAGGUUCGAAUUUCAAAUCAUAAUUCUGUAGAUCUUUAUCAAUGGUUAAAGCUCGCGCUAGGCUGUCUUCCGCACUGGGCAUAACGAAUUUGAAUUGUAAACCAGACGAAGGACGAAUUUCUCGGCAAUGAAGAGGCAUCUGCAAGACAUAAGCAACCACGAUGAUGUCAACUGUCCCGCACGUGAGACUCGAUCACCGGAGAUUCGAAGGCGCAGAGUGGAAAUGGAAAAGCGAAGAAGAGACAAAAUCAAUUACUACGUUAACGAAUUAGCAAACUUAGUCCCUGCUGCGGCCCAAAAAAAAGGAUGCGCAAAGUUGGAGAAGGCAGAAGUCUUAGAGCUUACAGUGGAUCAUGUGAGAAGUGUAUUGAAAGGAAAUCAAUCGCAGAAACCUUUGACAUCACCUAACCUCGAGGACUGGAUUCGAGCUGAGGGAAAUAAUCAGGGCAUGUCAGGCCCACAUCAAGAAGGAAACUUUUGUCCGGAAAAAGAGCGAAGACGCGGUUUUCUAGCGUGCUUGCAUCAUAUUUCACAGUUUUUGGAGAAAAGUGAAUCGUUUUUGGAAAGUAACGAAAAAUUGAUCUCGUCCAUGAAAAGUUUUCUCAGUGGCCAUUCAUGCGAAGGCGAUCAAACUCCGCAUUCAGAACUCAGGGAGUCUAUUUAUGAUGCAUAUAUCUCACAGAACAAAGGGUGCUCGUCCAACGAUGUAACAUACGAAAAUAUUUUCUAUAAAAUAUGCAUGGAUUUUCUCAAAAACAAUUCUGUUCCCCGUCAAACAGAGGGGAAGGGAAACGCUGUAGAGAAGGCAGAGGAACAAUUUUCAAUUUGGGAAGCCAUGCCAGAGGUGCAAAAUGAUAUUGGCCUAAAUUAUGAAAGUUUUGCUUCAGUUGAUGACCUAACGCCUCCAUAUGGCUCCUUCAUGUCUUUACUGAAUAGCUAUUAGAAAGCCUCAUUUGGAUUACCCUGGUCAAUGAAGAUCUCUACACUCCUAAGCUGAUAUGAAGAAAUUACCUAUGCAGAAAGUAACUUAGUCUUGAUCAACUAUAAGAAGGUCGGGAUUGAUUCCCUUGUUGUAAACUCUUCAAUUUGUAUGUUAGAACAUCUGGGGUUGAAUAAUAAGUAUGUAAAAAUAUUAUAUCAUCAAUAACAUUAUCGAAUGUAAUAGAUCAUGUUAACUUAUAUAUUAAUGAAUUCCAAAGCACACUGCCGAGUUUAGUGCGGUUUGAUUUUCUUAAGUUUAAGUGGGCCAUGUGGCUUUUCAGCUAGUUGUCUGGGAAAUUUAUAAUUAGUAUUGUGCUAGAGAGCAUGGGCGUAGACUUGCAUUUUUUUCAGAGGGGGCUCAAAAAACUAAUGACAAUUCCUAAUGGCAGCUGCUGAUGUCACAGGAUAAAAAGUGGAUUAGCUAAAGGCAUAAAGGUGAUUUUUCCGUGCCUUUUUUCAUUAUCGAGGAAGAAGAAACACACAAUCUGACCUUAUGUUCACAAUAAUUUCAUCCUUUACUUUGCUGUAAACGCAAUUAUCUAAUGUAACAAAUCUUAUGCGUGAAACCAAUAAUAUAACAAAUUAAUCUCAAAGUUGGUAAAGCACUUCCUUAUCUUCUAGGGGGGCUCAGCCCCCCUCGGUUUUCGUCAGGAGGGGCUGAAGUCCCAGAGCCCCCCCCCCUAAGUUUACGCCUAUGCUAGAGAGUCAUAUAUAAAUUCUUUUAAAUAGAAUCAAGAACUAGCAAGCCAAUUAGUGGUUUAGUAUUUGCCUAUUAGAAAUAAAUGAAAUGUAAAAUGCUUUACUGUGAUUUAACUAUGACUGAAUGUUGCAGCUUUCUGUGAAUUAGACAUUUCUCUAGCACUCUUUAUGUCCUCUCCUCGAUCAUUGAUAUUAUACAAUGCUCUUGAUUUUCCUAGAAUGUAAACGUUCCUUAUUUUUGUCUUAAGUAACCAUGUUGUCGAUAUUUGGUAAGUUGUUUUGUUGGAUAAGUCCUUUGUUGCGUUUUAACUGUUGUUAAGAAGAUUAGUCUUAAAUGGCAUCUGUCGUGUUAGCAGUUGGCUAAUGCAACAAAAACGUUGAGAGUGGAAUUUCAUUGUUUCUUGACAUUUCAUUUCUGAAUCAUGAACUUUAACUGCCAUGAACAUCCAUUCUCGAACCCAGGCUUUGUACUAAAUAAAAACAAAAAUUGUAUUACGUUAACUAAUCACUUUCACGACAUAUGCCCUUAAAUCGUCUUUAAGCAAUUUCUGGCAUUUUCGUAGACGCAAUAUCUUGCUACAGUUGAGUAGAGUAUUAACGAAUUUCGUAAUUUGUAUGUUUUUUGGCUGUAUCGUAGUUGCCUUUAACGAUUUGUGAAACAAUGAAUUAAAAUCUUAUUGUUGUGAUGAUCAUAAUGGCUGAUAAAGAGAGAAACUGA